AUGUCUACCUCUACAGAAGCGAACACAAACUACUUCAAUAAGAUCGCCGCCGACUACGAUCAGCUAUUUUCCAAAUGCUUGGAUGCGCUGAAGAUUGAACUUCGUGCUCACACCGACUUUAUCGGUAUCAAGAAAGGUGGCAGGCUACUCGACUAUGCCUGCGGCACAGGCUUUAUUUCCAUCAGUCUCUCUGAUGCCAUCGGCCAAGCAGUCGGUGUCGACAUUACCGAAAACAUGGUUGGCGCGUACAACGCCAAGGCCGUCAGCGCGAAGGUGCCCGAGGAUAAGCGCAGGGCGUACCUCGGCGACCUGCUCAGCACGCCCCCGUCGGCGAGCCUCGACGGCCAGCUGUUCCACGGCUUCGACGUGGCGGGCGUAGGCAUGGGCUUCCACCACUUUGAGGACACGACGCUGGCUGCGGCGCGGCUGGCCGGGCGGCUGGCGGCUGGCGGAUCGCUGUUUGUGCUCGAUUUUUUGCCGCACGGCGCGGAGCCGCACCACGGCGGCCUCCUCGCCGAGCGGGGCGUUCACCACCUCGGCUUCGACGAGGAAAGGAUCCGCAAGUUGUUUAAGGCGGCGGGCGCGGCGGGGGACUUUAGGUACAAGGAGCUGAAUACGGUUAUUGAGAUUGAGGAUAAGCCGGUGCAGGGACAGACAAUGCGUCGCCGGCUGUUCCUUGCCAGAGGUACAAAGACUGCUGAAGGUCACAUGUGA